AUGUCCACUGCCGGACCGUCACAGCGCCGGCGCCGCGGGUCGUUUGACGAGUCACAAGCGCAGUCGCAGUCCCAGCGCCAGACGCAGACUCAGGAUGGCUCGCGACGCAAGCGUCCCCGCGGCAGUCUCCGCGAGGAGCUCUUCGAUAAGCCUGACCUCGAGGAGAAGGCGCGCAUCGUCGCUGGAUACCGCGAUAUGCAGAUGGCUGCUGAUGUGAGGGAUACGGGCACGGCGGCGCUCGAUGCGCGUCUCAUGAUGACAAUGGGCGAGACGUCGGCCAACCUCGCACGGAAGCUCAAGCUCGGCGGUGUGUCCUUCGACGUGUCUGAAUUUAUCAACAAUGUGAAGAGCGUCCUCGGAAUGGAAGCGGAGGAGACUCAGGCCGUGGACGAUGACUCUGAGGAAGACGAGCUCGAGGAGACGAUGACGCAACGUCAGCGGCCGCGGAGAGGACAGACGGCUCUUGGCGACUGGGAGCGUAUCGGGUGGAUGGCGGCUUCGCUGUCUCGACGUGCCCCUGGAGUCGAGUUCAUGGCAAGACAGGAGGUUGCGCCCGAGACGCGCCCAGAGGAAGUGCAGCAGGAGGGCAAGUCGAAGACGAAGGAUCCGACCACGACGCACGUCAAGGAGAUCAGCGCGGUGCUCAGGGCGAUGGACCCGCAGCGCAAGGGCGUCAACCUCUUCCGCCUGUUUAUCAAUCCCGACAGCUUCGCGCAGUCCGUCGAAAACCUCUUCUACACGUCCUUCCUCGUCAAGGAAGGCCGUGUCGGUAUCGACGUGAAGGAAGACGGAGAGAUCAUAAUCUGCGCCAGCGACCAGUACGAUCCUGCUGUGGAAGGUGACAUUGCGCAGCAGCAGGCCGUGAUCGAGUUUGACAUGGAGACCUGGCAGCAGGCCAUCGACACUUUCAAUAUCACCGAGUCGGCGAUUCCCCACCGCGACCCGCCGCAGGAGGAGCUGGCAAACGGGCGAUGGUACGGGCAAUAA